AGCGGCUCAGCCAGUCGGUCCCCGCCAGUGGUGCCUUUACUUUGCGACGAUCUAGACGUGAUUUAGAAUAUUUCCUCCUCGCGCGAGUAGCUGGGCUCGCAAAACCGAUCCGGACAAAAGGCGAACAGAACGCGUCGUUUGUGUGUUUGUUUGUGCUCUCCUCCGAAUCCCCGGCUGGUGCAGGAUCAUUCUAAGUUCUAGUGGCUUCCUGUGUUUUUUGUCUUGUUGUUUUUUUUUCGUUUGGAGCCAGAGAAGAGACAAGAUCUCAAAGUUCUAGUAAAGUGUGUUCAAUCUAGGAUUGUGGUUUUUGGUUCGAUCGAGAAUCGAGACGAAAAAUUAAAGCCUAGUGUAGGAAACCAGUGCUGCAAGAAAGUCGUUCGACUGUUUUGGUUUCUGGAUCGUGCACACGUGCAGGUCGAGUGAGAGAGUUCUAGGAAGCUCAUACUAGGGUAUUGUUUGUGCAGUCCAAACGCAACAAAAAAGCCCAACCCGUCGCAUGUGCAACCGCAGUGUGAUAGUAGAUUGCAAUUGAUUCAUUGAGAUCAAUUGAGAUCAACCGGGGCUGAAGAAGUGCAAUUGCAGUGACAUACAACAAAGCACGAAACAAAAACGUGAGCAAUAACAAUUGAGUGCAAUUGUCUUGGGUGCGUUGUGAAGUUUACAUGAAAAUGAAUUUUAAUCAAUUUAUGAAAAGUCCCGAUUAAGAUUACGUUGGAUGAUCUGCACAUCUGUCAUCUGGGGACACGAUCGUUAGACAACCGCAGCAGUGUAUCUGUAUCGUUAACAGUUCAAGUGCUCCGGACGCGGUGUGUUUCACACGGGAAGAACUGAUACUCAGUCCGAAACAAAAAACAAUCGCGUACACUCAAACACUUUGUCGCGAUGGCGAUACCGUUUCUGCAGCCCGACGAGGACGAAAGUGCUCGUCAGCAUGGAAAUGGGCUGCCUCCGGCCGGUGCUGGCGGUGGCAGCGGUAGUGGAAAUAACAACAGUGCCAGUGUGGCGGCGGCAAGUGCAAAUGUGCCGGCGGGUGCCCCUCCGUUACUGACGGGGGCGACCGGACCGAUACCGGUGCCGGGAUCACCGGCUCCCAGUGGAACAACGACCGCCGUUCAGACACCGCUGAUUGGGCCCAUGAACGGGGAUCAGCUGGUGCAGCUUUUCUACGAGGCACUCUAUCGCUACUCGAGAGGAGACACCCCCUCGACACCGAUUUCGCAGUCACCGCAGAGUACCUCCUGCAGUCCCUUCACGACCGGAUACUACAGCGGCCAGGUGUUCUUCCCGCAGACCCCGAACGCGGUGCAGCGGCCUCUUCCGGGAGCGGCCGGGCGCGGUGGAGUGUUCUUCGGGCUACCGACCCCCAGCCCCAGUGGUAGCAGCAGCCACAGCAGCCAGAACAGUGCCAACAGUCCGAACACGCCGUCCUGCUCGUCGGCCGGACCGAUUUUCCACCAAUUUCCGACGAGCUUCUCGGGAACUGGCAGCAGCACCAGUCCGGCCUCGACGGCGGCAGCCUCUUCCUCCUCCUGGAACGACGAGGGAGACGAAUCGAGCGAGUCGGACUCGUCGCAGCCUUCAUCCGGUGCCGGAUGCAGUUCGCACUGUUUAGGCCUUCCGGCACACGAUGGCAGCAGCAGCAGCGGCAGUGGCAUUGGUGGCGGCAACGGUUGCAAUAGCGGCAGCGGAACAAUGGGCCUAAUGGCAGUGGCAAACCCAGGGUUCAUUCCACCCCAUCUGGACUACAUGGCAGGUCGUGAACAGCUGCAGGAGUUUGCCGGCAAAAUUCCGCAGCGCAAGAAGAAGUCCAAGGCAAACAAAUCCAAGAAAUCGAGAUUCCUGGAGCAGACGCUGGUAUGGCCGACGCUGGCCGUGACUGCGACGCUGAUUGCCCUUGGGUGUGGGCUGCUCGCUGCCAGGUGAACGGGACGGGAGCAAACAUCCUCCGCUUAAAACUCUCCGUAGAAUAUCACAAAACCACAUGCCCCGUUGCCCGUUGGCCCAAUUCUGGCUUCGGUUCCCAGCAUCAGGAAUCAGCACACAGGAGCAGCAUCAGUCAACGGGGAUCAUAAUUAUGUCCAGUAUACCGUAGUAAUCGUCGACCUUAGUGUAGGCGCCGCGCCAUCCCGCCAUUUGAUUUCACCACCCGAGUAAACAUCCCUUCGAAAAGUGCUUCUUACUGACCGAACCCAAGGAGGAGGGUCCUAUCAGCCAGGACCAGUUCGACGAAGGCGGCUGAUUGCUCUUUGCUUUGGUUGUGUGCCCUCGAGGGGGUAGUGAAACUGGCACGAUAGGAAGUUUACCAUGUGAAAGAAAAAACGAAAAGCACAUCCUUUUAUUACACCAGAUAGAAUAAUUACUCUGCAACGGAAUGCUCUGUUAGGUUGUAAGCGUACUCUUAUUCUUUUUUUAUUGUCUCUUAUUUUCUAAAGCUAUCAAACAGUUUUUUAAUCCAUUCGACGGAUUGUGAUCUCGAGUUUAUGAAAGCCCCUCUCGUUUCAAUAAAUGUUUAUGUUGUAUUUUUGUUUUUGCCAUGAAAUGAUUUUUGUUGGGGUGCAUCGACGAGGAAAAAUCAAAAUAAUGAAAUGUGAAACCCAAAGUGAUUGUGAUUCAACAGAAAUAUUCUACUUUAUUCAUCUGCCUUUUUAUUAAAAAAAAAAAAGAUAUGCCACUUUUGGAGAGAAUCCACAUAGUAUAGUAACAGAAAUUUUUAAAUCGUUUUCUGAAACGGCUAGCAAUGUAGGCAAAAUAAUCGUUAUCAUGUAAUAGUUAUCAGUAGGCCAAUAAAGAUUUCUUUAGCUGUACUAAGAAAAUUUAAUAACGUUAGUAAAAUUACGCAACGGAACAGAGCCAUGUCGGUUUAAGGAUCGGAUUAGUGUUAGCGUGUUCUUAACCCCAUUCGCCGUAAGAAUAAUCUUCAAAAGAUGAUCUUCAGUAGAUUUCAGUGCAGGAUAAACAUGUGCCGAUUUAAAAUAAGAAUUUAAUGUUCUAGCGUUAAGCUUCUAGAGUAAGUAGCAUUAGUUGUACAAGGUAAAUCAAUGAUCUUCCAUGGGUUUGCUUAAACGAAGGUUAAGCUGGUUUAACAUAGCGCUUUGGUGAAUACUGAAUUCUGAACGGAAAUUAGAAAAUUCACGCCAAUCUUCAUAUGAAUUCAUCAUUUAAAUCAUCCUAUGAUUUAAACUUUACUUCACUUUUACUUUGUUCGUUGUAAAGUCGCCAGUUCUUACUGACUCGUUAGCUGUUGUAAGACGCAAUUGAGCAUCCAUUAAUAUAACUUCCGUGAAAGAAGCAAUUUAUCCUAAAUAUUGGUUACGAACUAAAAUAAUUCUCCGAGAAAUUUUUCAACUUUGGGGAAAAUUUUCUGAUUAAUCACUACCUUGAUCAGAAAGUCCCCGGAAUUCAUUCAGAAAAUUAAAAAUACAAGACUAUUCAUCAAAAUCGAUAUUGUCCCCUUCAAUAUACCUCCCAUCGACUGCAACACAUUUUUGAAAACGCUUAAUCCAAUCCUCGAAACAUUUUUUAUAUUCAGUUUUCGGUAUGACCAUCAGAGACAUCUGCGAUUUUUGUCAUAAUCUCAUCUCAGGUGCUGAAACGCUUUCCACGGAGCGAUUUCUUGUGUCGACCGAAUAGGAAAAAGUCGCAAAGAGCCAAAUCAGAUGAAUUCGGUGGUUGCUUGAUGGUAUUUGUUUCGUUUUUAGCCAAAUGUUCACGGAUACCGAUGGUAUUGUGUGACGGUGCGUUAUCGUGGUGCAAGAUCCACGAGUUGUUUGCCCACAAAUCUGGUCUUUUUCGGCAAAUUGCUUCACGCAAACGUCUCAUAACGCCCAAAUAGUACUCCUUGUUGACGGUCUGGCAUUGUGGAAGGUAUUCAUGAUACACAACGCCCUUGUAAUCAAUGAAAACUGUGAGCAUCGCCUUUUUUUUCGACUGAAAACUACGACACUUCUGAAACGUUCGUGCCACUGAGAAACGAUUAUUUUCUUCAGAGUAUCGUUGCCGUAACACUCUUCUAACAUUUGCAAUGUCGCCACACCAUUGAAACCGUUUUUAACGCAAAAUUAAGGUACCGCCGUGAAGAAAUGUUAUUUUUACUGAAAAAUCAGCUACUGAGAUUCGAACAGCUGAGAUCAGUAAUCCAAUUUUCAUCACAUUUCUCGGCUAAUUUUUCAUUAGGGCGUAUAAGCAAGUGGCAGUUUCUCUUUAAUCACUCUCUCUUUCGAUUAUUGUGAUGCGAUUAAAAAGAUUUUCUUUGAUUUCACUAAUCUGUUUGAAAGUCGAAAGUUUCGGGUACCAUUUUAUGCAAAGAGUUGAGUGACAAACGUGGAAACCGCUUGAUAAUUAAUAGAACGGAAGUAAACAAAGAGAAACUGUCACUUGCUUACACGCCCUAAUGAAAAAUCAACCGAGAUUUAGCUGUUUUCAAGAUUGGUUCCAAUUUUGGUAUGCACAUUCAGGAUUACCGAAUAUCCUAGGAAGUCGAACAGAAGAAAUGAACGAAGGAAAGGUGAAUUUGCGUCCGAUGAUAGAAUGACGCAAGUUUGCAUGCGAGAUUUAAACAGCAGCCAAAAAUACAAUCUGCCUGGCUUCUGCGGGCUGCCGGAAACCCUCCUAAGCGGGUGUGUGCAGCUCUGAAUGAAUUAUUUUGAAUCAAAUCCGAGUAGGCGAAAACAAUAUCUUUCAAAAUUUGAUGUGAGAUUCAAUAUGACCUCCGAAUCAAGGCGGACUCCAGUGCAACAACCGCCCAGAUCGUCUCAAAGACGGACUGAGUAAUGGACUCUCGUUUCUUGGGCUGUGAACCAUUUCGCGGUUAAUUUUAACUUUUGGUUAAAAUCUGACACUUGAGUGGUGAUUUUGUGUCGAGUAUUUAAAUUUAACUAAAACUGCGGCCUAUUUCAAAAUUUAAUGUAAUUUCAACUAAAGAAUUAUUAUUAGAAUUUUCAUGACAAGAUUUUUUUCAGUGUCGGAAUAUAACCAUCGAUCUGUCAAAAAUAACCUUGCUCUCGAGCAGGGUUAUUUUUUGACAAGCCGUAGAAGCUCGUUCAACCUGAUUGACAGCGACUAAGGUAUGCCUUUUUGUUGGUUUCCAGCAAAUUUCAACCGUUUAUGCUGGCAUUUUAGGAGGACUAGUUCUUUAUAUGUGAAGAAUAUGCAAUUACAUUUAUUUCGAAUUCAACUAAAAAUCUGCACGAAAAUAAAAUCGAAGAAGAAGAAAAUGAAUUGACAAUUCAGGUCGCUUAAUCUCUCAAAUUCAUUCGGAAUCGAUUGUUGCGCUGUUCCACGUAGAACUUUGAAUAAAAUUUCUCAUCUUUUCGGAAUUGAUUCGCAAUUCAUUCCGAGCUUGGGCGAUUACAAAUCAAUUUCGCCAUCUACCGAUUGGUUCGGAUGAGAAAUGGGUAAAACCGUUCGUUUUAAAAGAACCUAUCAGAACUUGAUGGUUCUACCAAAAGAACUAGCUCUAUUUAACCGUUCUUGCGUUCUGAGAGUCAUGAAUUUAAUUUUUUAGUAAACAAAUACAAUAAUAGUGAGUGAUUUUUAGUAUGUAUAUUUAUCAAUUUAAAGAUUGCUAAUGUAUGUAAUCUUUGUCUUAUUCCUAAAACAUGCGUCCCGGGUUGGCGGCUCAAUGCAUAGGGCACUGGUUUAACAAAACAGUUGCCGUAUGUUCGAGCCCCGACCUGGAAGGAGGAUUCUUCGUAGUGUCAGUAGAAUUCGUAGCACCAACCAUGCAAUGGUUCUGUACACUCUGAAUCGGCUGCGAAGUCUGUUGAAACAGAAGGUCAAAUUCCACUACAGGAAAAACUCAGUUAACAUGUACGCUCUCUUAAAGAAUUUGAUUUCUUCUUUAUUUAUUCGAACAGUUCUACUGUCAAUAUUAAAACUAAUAUACGCUGCCGUUCUAUUUCUUUAUAUUUGAAACAAGAUUAAAACGCUGCUUGGGUGAUCAGGCAUGCGAACUAUGUGUAAAAAUUUGUUCGUUCAGUGUGACAAAUAUUUGCAGAUGUCACUACGAUCGACACUAUUUUGGGUGCAGCAUUCAUAUGGCGACACUAUUUUGGGUACUAAAUUCACUUCACGCAAAUUUUUUGGUUUUGCCAUUUUUCGAUUAAAUUCACGUGUAUUUCAAACGACACGGAAAUAAAGUUUUAUUUUACUUUUAGAAAAAUCGUGUGAUAAAUGUUAAAAUUUUUGUAGUUGGAAAAUUUCCAUAACAGGCACGGGAAGUUUGUUAUCGUUCCGGAACGAAAUGGAAAGUGACAGUAGUGAGUUCAUUGUUUCCAAUUUGAAAUUAAUACAGGAUUUUGAAAAAAAAUGGUCAACCCUGUAUGUCUGUUAUCUGUGACUCAAGUAAACACGAGAGGCAUUGGCAUCUGACUAAACCAAAAAUUCCUUUUCGUUACGUAAAUGACAUGCAAAAUUAGUUUCAUAUUAUCUUGUUUUUAUUCGAGUAAAAUUUUUGUAUGAAAACGAU